AUGGAGCUUCCUUACACCACCGUCGAUGUCUUCACCGACAGGCCCUUCGAAGGAAACCCCCUGGCCAUUGUCACCAUUCCCGCCUCCGUAACCCUGACGGAGAAACAGAAGCAGGACAUUGCGAGGGAAUUCAACUACUCAGAGACUACCUUCGUGCAUGAGGACGACGACCCCGCAUGCACCGAGAGGCGCUUCCAAAUUUUCACUACGACCCAGGAGCUCCCCUUCGCAGGCCACCCGACCGUCGGUACGGCCGUCUUUCUGAAGCCGCGCGGCGUCAACAAGCUGAUGGCCAAAUCCGGCCCGAUCGACAUUACCGAUGCGGGUGCUGACUCCGUCCGUGCCGCUAUCCCCCACAACGCCCGCCUUCACCAAAAGCGCCUGAGAGACCUCGGCCCGGGCCCUUACAGCGACGCGGUCGCGCAGCUCGCCGAGGCCGAGGUGGACGCGCCCGUUUUCAGCAUCGUCAACGGGAUGACCUUUGCCCUCGUCGAGUUGCCCUCGCUGGAAUCUCUGGCAUUGGCCAAGAUAGGGCCGAUCAACUUCCACGAGGAGGAGCUUCUGGAAGAGGGCUGGCGCGACACAUUCUUGACGCGAUACUAUUUUGUGCGUCUCGGGGCCGAGACCGUCGACGGCCGCGUCGUGCAGAAGAUCAGAACACGGAUGAUUGAAACUGAUAUGGAGGACCCAGCUACGGGGAGCGCUGCCUGCGCGCUGUCCAGUUAUCUAAGCCUGAACGUGCUGUCUGAAGAAUCACUCAGCUUCGAGAUCACCCAGGGCGUCGAGAUGGGUCGCAGAAGCCACAUCUACGUCGACGUUAAGGUCACGAAGGGCCCCGACGGCGAGCGCAAGCUUGAGACGUUGCAUCUUGGAGGCAAGGCGACCCGGGUCAUGAGCGGCACCAUCUUUCUGAAGUCAUGA